GCAUCCGACUUUUACCCCUCGAGGUAACGCGCGUGACGGGGUCGCGCCAGAGUGCCAUUAAGUCAAGCUCGUGCACGUCGGAGUAGCUCGCUGCAGGACGCAGGCUGAAAAACGUAAUAAUUUUCAACCAUUUGCUGAUGUUAUAAUUGUUUUGUUUUUCUAUGGGAGCUGAGGUAAAGAGCAAUAACCCUCCCAUCUGCCACCCAGUGAGAUUAUGUUCCACGGUAGGUGUUUUCUUUGCUUAAAUACCUGUUAAAGUGUAUAUGGACGCACCCGCUUCCUGCAUCUCACCGCUCAUCGGGUCAUUUUUCAGUUGGCUACACUUGCUACAGGAUGCAAGGUUUCAUUUCCUCUCACUGAGAAUAAUAAUCUCAGGUUUGUGCGUACGUUUUGAAUGCAACGGCUAUUUUGUAUAUUGGGUUUGUUGUCCAAACUAUCACAGCGUCAUUUGGUCACCAUGGAGACGCAGCGUGAACGCGCAAGAGUGUAAUUCACUGGCACGCGAAGUUAUCAGAAAACAACCGAAUUAACCAAGGGGGGGGGGUUGUACUUUUGACUUAUUCUUUAAAUAAUCAAAAUGUAACCAUGAUUAUUUGGUUUGUAUUGCAUUUUACCAACGUGAUUAACGGUCAUAAACGUGCAGGUCCAUUUUUACAGCCAUUGUUAGGAUGCUCUCUAUUCUAUUUGGGUUCACUGUUGGACCUGGUGGAGCAAUGUAGCCUCCUACACUAUUUAAGGUACUUUGCUACUUUAUACUUCACCACAUUUCAAAGGAAAUGUUUCACUUUUUACCUUAUGUUCAUAAAGGCAGUUAUAGCUGCCUUGUAGAUUUACAUGGAUUUUCUAAAUACCAUGUGUAAUAUGAUGCAUUGCAACUAUUGCAAUUAAACAGACUCGUUGUUACAAUGGUAUGGAGUAAUCUUCUUUACGAUGAGCAGUUUCACAUUACAAAUUAAGUUGUCCAAAGGCGGUAGAUGGUAAGAUGGUAGAUGGUAGAGGUAAAUCUUUCAUCACUGCUUGUCAAGCUUCAAAUGUCAUUCAUUGCCACCUCCGAUGCAUUUUACACCCGCUAUUCAUGUUCCGUCCAGGCAUGAUCCUCAUUUGAUUCAACCGUCUUGGCGAAUGUUACAUUUGCCCAAAUGGCCUCUAUGAAUGGAAAAGGUGAGGUUUGCAGCCCCUUCAUUCCACGGCGCAACCCAGUGAGGAGAACAAGUGCGGAAAUUGUCAGUGAAGCCAGGCGGUCCCUUCGGGUCCAGUCCACCCAGCGACCAUUCACUCCCAGAGACGGGCACCGCCAACUUUUUGGAGCGAGCUCUGUCCGUGACAGCAGACCACCAUCUGCCUUUAGUCUUCAUGCUCAAAAUUUUGAUGCACCUGAUUCGAGGCCGGGUUCAGGGACACGCCUCUCACCUCUCGACCAUAAGCCAAAGUUUCCCGUCCUCUGUGAUGCUGAGGAUCCAUUCAGGUCCUUUCCCAAAACCCCGAGUGCCCCACUGGAGGUGAAGAAGGGGCCGCCAGGGAUGCGAGCCCGCCUCCUCCGGACUGGAUCGCUCACCGCGUUGUCCCCUGUGGAGGGACACAAAGACAGUGAGAACAAAUAUGGCUGUAAAGAACAAUCUAAUCCAAGUGCAGGACAAAAGCAGCUGUCAGCUAAACGACCCCCCGGUACAGACAAAACCGAGGGCCCCCGCAAACCAGGCCCCCGCAGAACAUCAAGUGAAAGUAGAAUAAAGCAGCCGGGUGUUGCCUCCGGCGUUGGACUCCCAGAGUGCACUGCAGAACAGAGAACAGAGCAGGGGAACAGAGACAAGGCAUUAAGCACAGAGGAGGAUGCAGAGUCAUCGGUGUGGAAUAAUAUGAUUGCUCCUCGUCUCCAACAGCUGGAGAGUGUGGCUGCAGCGGUGCCAGGCGGCCCGGAGGGCUCGGUGGACCGACUGUGUGAUUUGUGCGACGGUCUCCAUGGCACCUUGGCCGAGGCGGACAUGCUCGGCCGGCGCUGUAAGAGGCGGUCGGGGAUACUUCGAACGCUGUUCCGCCUCAUCGACCUCAACUCUGCACCGCUCAACCUGCACAUCGCUGAGCUCUGCCUCGCCCUGUGUGUCAGUGGAAACAACCUGCUUAACAUCUGUAAGCUCAUCUUCCAGAUCAGCCGGAGGGAGAGCAACGACAUCCUUUUCCAGAACAGCUCUAUCAUAGAUUCCUUUCUGGGCAUUUUGAACAACGAAGAUGUGUCCACAUCUGGAGAAGCUUUGCUGUACUGUGUUGGGACUCUGAAAUUUCUUUCAGGAAACGGUGCAAUCCUCAGACUUCUGCUAGAGAAGAACUGCGUCGGUGUGGCUCAGAAACUCAUCCAGAGGCUCCGCACGGCGGCAGACAUCACAAUAGCAGGGCACAUCCUUGUCCAGCUAACCGCGACCUUGAGGAACCUCGCGGAUCACCCUGAUUCCCGUCCAUUGUUCAUCUCUUUCUCCAUACUGCCGGAGCUCUGCGUGGUGCUGAGUGAUCACCGCAAGGACCCGGACAUCUGCACCAACAUUUCCAGGAUAUACAGUAAACUCUCCUCUUACUCGGAGUGCCGCCUCGCUCUGGCCCAGACCCCCAACUGCUACCAACUAUUUUUAGAUCUGCUGAACAAACAUCACCAAAAACAGGAUCUCGUUGUGCGCCUCCUUUUCACCCUCGGGAACCUCACAGCCAAAAGCGACGAGGCUCGCUGGCGGCUCUUUGGGUGCGAGGGCUGCGUGGGCUCGCUCCUGCAGCUGUACGACGCCUACCAGCGGAGGGACGACUCGCCACACACGCCUUCCCUCGGCGAGCCUCGGGCCCCUCCGGGGAAAGUGCAGCAGGACGAGGACGUGCUGGUGAAGCUGGUCAGGGUGCUGGCCAACAUGUGCAUCCACCCGGCUGUGGGCCCAGCGCUGGCAUCCAACACAACCUGCAUCCAGCUGCUGAUGGAAACACUGGAGCUGAGGUGUGUGCGGGAAAGCGAGGAGCUGUUGGUGAAUGUGGCUGCCACCAUCAACAACCUGUCCUUCUACCAGGAGGACAGCUCUGUGUUGAGACACAGUCAACUUUCCAUGGCAAAGCUGAUGUUAAAGUUGGUGCUCGGUUCCAGCAUGGACGCCAUGCUUGAGGCCACCCGUGUGUACGGAAAUCUGUCACAGUCCAAGAAUGUACGGGACUUUAUCAUGCAAAACAAAGUGCACCAGUUUGUCGUGACACUGCUCGACUCAAAAAGCACUGAGAUGUGUAUUUCAGCCUGCGGGGUCCUCACCAACUUGGCUCAGGACCCUCCCAACAGGGUCAGUCUCUCCGUGGAGGGAGCAAUAGCCAAGCUUGUGGACUGUCUGAGAGACUUCGGGCCAGGUGAUUGGCAGCUGGUGGGCCAGGUCUGUCAGGCGUUGUGGAACAUGAUCAGCUGUGGCCCAGAGAAGCUGCUGGACUCACAGGAGAGGGAGUCUCUGCUGGAGAUCCUCACCACAUAUUUAGAUGAAGAGGAGGCUCUGAAGUGGAUAGAGGAUGACGACAUGAGGGACUCCCACAGGGCAUGCUGGGAGUUAGAGUUCCUUCCAGUCGCUCAGAAACUGAUGAAGACGCUCCAGCCUCCGGACCAGACGGCCUGACAAGAUGGGACAUGGCGUUAAGAGUGUUAUGCUGUCAUAGAGGUUUUAGACUUAAACCCAGUCUACAUGCUAACGGCGGAUAACUCCCCUCCAGUGGCUGGAAGGUGCUGCAGUUUGUUUUCAAAGGGUGAGGCAGGUAACACAAGUCAAAGUGAUUUAUAUUGGAUGCUUUCAAGGCCUAAAAAGAACACCUUUUAAAAACAUCUCAAACAAAUGCUGCAGUGAAAUCCACUUCUAAUCCGUCCGUCCACAUGCUCGCUCUCCUGUGUGACUGAUGGCAUUGAACAUGACACAACAAAUAAGAAGCAGGGCAAAGCUCUUUCAAUGUGAAAAUUACCAAAUUAUGUCUAAUUAGUGUAGACUUUAUAAAUAAGAUCUGCAUUAAUGCACUUUAAUUCCCGUAAGCCUUCAUCUAUGGGUACCUUCACAUGUACGGGGAUAAUUGAAUACAAGCUCUUUGCACUUUUAUGUAACAGACUUGAUCCGCUUUGUAAACUUGCUGUGUUGUAAAG